AUGUUUUCCGGUACAAAAACAGGGUGGGAAUUAUAUGAAGAAUUUGAAUCCGAGUUUUCACCAUCAGCUGUUGUCGCGUUGUUUCAGCAAAAAUUAAAAUACGCGUUACCACUAAUAUACACUUACGACAAGAAGGUCAAUAGAAAGUACUCAUGUAAAUUAACUUACGAGAACGAAGAGUGGGAAACCGAACUAUUGUACGACAGACAAAAGGAUGCAAAAAAUGCUGUAGCUAAAGUGGUGUUAAAAAUUUUAACAAAUCGUUAUCCAAAGUUGGCGGUUACCAUCCAACAGAUCCUCGAAAUGAGAUGUAAGUUAGGCCCCAAGCGACUAGUGUUUGGAAAUGGAUCUGUAAUUCAUAUCCCACCACUAUUUCCACCAACACUCUGGUCUGUUCAUGAACUCGUCAAAUACGUUGUUGCUGCUCUUG